GACUUGCCGGGCCGCCCCGGCGCGGCUGUCGAGAUCAUGCUUAAGCCCAAGGACUUAUGUCCCCGAGCGGGUACGCGCACCUUCCUGGAGGCCAUGCAGGCGGGCAAAGUGCACUUGGCCCGUUUUGUGCUGGACGCACUGGACCGCAGCAUCAUCGACUGCCGCGCAGAACAGGGUCGCACGCCGCUUAUGGUGGCCGUGGGGCUGCCAGACCCCGCGAUGCGCGCGCGCUUCGUGCGACUACUGCUUGAGCAGGGUGCGGCGGUGAACCUGCGGGAUGAGCGCGGGCGCACGGCACUCAGCCUGGCAUGCGAGCGAGGCCACCUGGACGCCGUGCAGCUGCUGGUACAGUUCAGCGGCGACCCCGAGGCAGCCGACUCAGCAGGCAACAGCCCUGUGAUGUGGGCGGCGGCGUGCGGCCACGGGGCUGUGCUUGAGUUCCUGGUGCGCUCCUUCCGCCGCCUCGGUCUUCGCCUCGACCGCACCAAUCGUGCGGGCCUCACAGCCCUACAGCUGGCCGCAGCCCGUGGCCAUGGGACCUGUGUGCAGGCCCUCACCGGGCCCUGGGGCCGAGCCGCAGCCGCCGCAGCGGCCCGGGGCUCCAACUCCGACAGUCCCCCUGGCCGCCCGGCCCCCGAACCCAGCCCAGAGCGUCGACGACCCAGCCCCCGCCGCCUACCGCGGCCUUUACUGGCGCGCUUUGCGAGAGCGGCGGGCGGCCACGGCCACGGUCACGGCCACGGCCAUGGUGGUGAGGCUGGCUCAACAGGCAAGGGCUCGGGCCGGCACCGGGCACAGGGCAGCGAGCGGCCGGAGCUGGGCCGGAGCAUGAGCCUGGCCCUGGGUGCCAUGACCGAGGAGGAGGCAGCACGUCUACGGGCGGGGGCCCUGAUGGCCCUACCAAACUCACCCCAGUCUUCGGGGGCUGGGCGGUGGCGCUCACAUGAGGUGCUGGAGGGAGCGCCCCCAACCUUAGUGCAAGCCCCCAUUGGCCUUAGUCCCCACCCGGAGGGCGGCACCGGCUCUGGCCGCUUGGGUUUGCGCCGACGUUCCACAGCUCCAGACAUCCCCAGCCUGGUCGGGGAGGCUUCAGGGCCUGAUAGUGGUCCGGAGUUAGAGGCCAACGCUCUGCCCCACUCGGUGCCUGGGCCGAAGCCUUGGCAAGGGGGCUCAGAGGCUGUGGUGGUGCAGGCUCAGCGAUAAAGGUGAAGGACUAAGCCCUGCUCCCCUAAUCUCUUGUCUGCUCCACUGGGAUUUCUCCCUUUUAUCCAGGUCCCUUACUUUCCAGCAGCCUGUUCCUGGAGUCCCUCCCCAUCUGAAAACCUGUCCCACUGCCAAGGCAAGACUUUCAUCAGAAGAAAGGGACCCCUCGUUUGUGCUCUUUGGUAUUCCUUGUGUAGAUCUCUCACCUUUCCUACUACCUGCCUUUUCUAUUAUCAGAAGGUGAGAUAUGGAAGACUGGUUCAUAGCUUCAGUCUUCCUCCAGGAAGGUGGACCCUCACUCUAACCCCAAAGACUCAGUCUGCCUAGGUUUCUGCCGGGUCCCUUUCCCCUGGUGAGUUUCUCAAUACCCUGGUAACCAGGCAAAUGUCAAAACUGGCUUUGGAGAACCAAGGCCUAGCCCUCUUUGCCUACUGAUGCUGAGGAUA